GGGGAGUGGUGCGCUGACUUGGCGGUCGGCACCCUGGUCCGGGUCUCCUACACCGGGGAGACCAUGGACCACACGAGGGUCGUGCUGUGGCCCAGUCGCCGCCUGGACCAGAGGCGGCGGGUGAGGGGGCGGCACGCCUACUGGGUGCUCUCCGCGGACGGCGACGUCUGGGAGGAGGACCUGAGCGGGAGGAAUGCGGCGACCGGGCCGUCGGGCGGGUCGCUGCUGGACCAGGCGACUGGGGAUCCGCCCGACGGCCGCCGCCUCUAUCGGUUCCGUGCGCGGCCCAGCCUGGACGAGGUCGUGGAGCUGGCGGCGGAGUGCCGAGCCACGAUGCUCAGGCGUGGGCAGGCCGAGUCGGAGGCGCCGACGAGAGUGGUGCUGGCCGACGGGGCGGUGCGCCCCGGCCACGACCACUUCCCGUGGCUCGUGGCCCCGCGCCCUUGGGUGCUGACGGAGCCGCUCCCUGGCAUGCCAAUCGGGACCGUGGUGGAUCCGCUCCCGGUGGGGGCGCUGCGCGACGGGAGCCGGGCCCUCGGCUUGCUGCCGAGCUGCGGCCGCUGGGCGAGGCUCGAGCAGGUGGACGAGGGCCAGAUCGUCGAGUGGGCUGCCAAGAGGACGAAGGAGCUGCUGCUCGACCUCGGCGCGGAGCCCGACGCCAUGGGCGCCGCGGAGCCGGUCGGCGGGACUGAGACCCCGCCGCUGGGGCGAGAGGCUCGCUCGGCCGGAGGCGACCGCCUGGGCGAGAAGCUGGGGCUAGCCGCCGAGGAGCCCGCCGAGUCGGCCGCAGGGAAGAACGACGCCUACGGCGACGCGCGCACGCUGUGGGUCGACUGGGACGAGCAGGGCGAACGCAGGAAGGAGUUCAAGCGAGCGGUGGCUGAGAGCUCGGAUGUGAAGUGGGACCAUCAUAGGCUGCCCGCCGAUCGCACCUGCCUCCACACGUGCAAGAUGAUGGUGAACUUGAGCGGGUCCCCACGCGCGUGGCUGGAGCGCUUUCUCAGGGAGAAGGGGAUAGCUUCUACGGAUCGAGUCGCGCACGAACUCCGAGUGUUGUGCGACAUCUUGGAGGAAGCUGGAGAGUUUGACCAGAUCAACCUCGGAGGACUGGCCUGCUUGGAAGUGGCCGCCCUCCGGCUGAACCUGCUGGUGGACGCGCACAAGAGCGGGUCGGCCUCGUACUCGAACGCGAAGUACCUCUCGCCGCUGACCGAGGUGGACCAGUUGAUGGCUCCUGGCUUGCGGUCUCACGUGUCGAGGCGCGCCAAGGAGGAGUACGAGCUGAUGCAGGGCGACAAGAGGGCCGAGGCGGUCGCUGCUGGUGCGGCUGGCAUGACGGACCAGUCUCAGCCGGCGGAGUGGGCCCCUGCCGGCUGGGCUAACACAUCGGCCCGGCGAGCGCCUCUGGCCCUGGCGAGCGGGGAUAGGGACCUCUUCCCCCUCCCUCGCCUGGCCAGGCCGCCCGCCAGCAGGGGCGGCAGCCGCGCCCGGAUUGCUGGCGCUCGGCGGCGGCGCGAGCACGAAUUGGUGAACGGCGCGAUCGACUCUCUCAACUGGCUUGCUGGAUGGGAGCCUGACGACGUGUGCCCGCCGCGCUCCCUGGACGCCAUGGGGGGCAAGCAUGCUGGGAUCGUACAGUGGGUGGCCAGCGAAGCUCUUCGGCGCCAAGCCGCAGCUCCCAACCCCUGUCCGUCCCAAGAGGCAUCGCUCAGUGCGUUGCUCAAGGGGUGCUCGAUCUACGACACGUCGGGCUCCCCGAGGAACCUGGCCUCCUUCGUCCGCGAGCGCGUGUCCUUGCCCCCUUCGGUUGUCGGCUGCUUCCAGGUGGACGAUAUCGUGGGCGAGGCCGGCCGCACCUACCUGAAGGAGAAUCAAAAGCGUAUGAGGCGGCCGAUCGAGGAGAUCGAUUUUGACAACUUGCCGACUCCCUAUUUUGACCCGCUGCUGAAGCGGAACAAGAAGAUGUACCACAACUUUUUGAAGGACCUCUCGUCCCGCGGGCUCUUGCUUGCCACCUUGUCUCCCGCAGAGCAGGCUGGCCUGUUCUUCGUGAAGAAGGCCGACAGCGACAAGAUGCGCAUGAUCGUGGAUGCGCGUCGGGCGAACGCGUGGUUCGGCGUGCCCCCCAGCGUCCAGCUCCUGUCGUGCGAGGGGUUCGGCAGGGUGGAGGUGAGGCUCCCAGAGGGCGUCGCCUUCGGCUCGGCGCGGGGCGAGGAGCUGCUGAACGGCUUCAAGCUCUUCUUGGGCAUGACGGACGUCAAGGACUGCUUCUACAGGAUGCGCAUCCCGGUGAGCCUGGCGAAGUUCUUCUCGCUGCCCGCCGCUCCGGCUCACGUCCUGGGCCUGGAGGGGCACGAGCUGGAGGGGACGAGGCUGGGCUGCGACACCCUCGUCUUCCCCUGCAUCGGGGCUCUCCCCAUGGGAUUCUCUUGGUCCCUCUUCCUCGCCCAAGACGCGAACGAGGAGAGGGUGGUCCGGUCUGAUCCGUGGCCAGGGGGAGACGUGGCAAUCUCGGAGCGGGUCCUGAUGAGUGAUCGCGGACCUCCGCUCGUCGUGGAGGUUGAGCCCGGGCUGCACGGGGGUGCCUACGUGUACGUCGACAACAUGGGGGUGCUCGCCCCCUCGGAGGGCCUCGCCAAGAGCGCCCUCGAGAGCUGGACUGGUCUCUUUGAGGGGGUCGGCCUGGACUUGCACAAGAGCUCGGUGGGCUCGGGCGCGAGCGAGGCGCUCGGGACCAAGCUUGACCUCGAGCUGAUGAGGUCGGGCGUGAGCGACGGGCGGUUCUGGAAGGUGUACCUGGGGCUGGGGGGCCUGCUGGCCCGCGGCCGGGCGACAGGGCGCGCCUUGGAGGUGGUGCUGGGCCACUGCACCUUCUGCGGGCUGGCCCUCCGAGGGUCGCUGAGCUGCUGGCACGCCUCGUACCGCUUCAUCCAGCGGCACUACCUGGAGCCUGCCCGCCUGUGGGCAGAAGUCGUGAAGGAGAUCAAGAUGUUCCGCGGGCUGCUCACCCUGAUGGUUCAGGACUGGUGGCGGCCAUGGAACUGCUGCGUGCUCCAGACCGACGCGAGCGAGAGCGGCUGGGGCAUGGCGCAGUCGUUCUGGCCGCAGCACGUGGUGGAGCAGGUCGGCCGGCUGCCUGAGCGAGCCCGCUUUCGUUCGGCGCUGGGCAGGCCGGCGCGAGAGAGCGCGCUCGCUGCCGCCAACCUUGCUCGGGACAGCUCGGGCGCUCUGUGCAGUUUUGCGGAUAUGGAUAAUCCUGACUCUCUUGCGUCUGACCCCCUGUCCUCGUGGGAGCUCGACCCCGGGUUCGCUGAAGUGCCCUGGCAGUGGCUCCGAAAGGGGGCCUGGGAGACCGUCCGGUCCGGGGUCUGGCGUUUUGCUGAGGACAUCCUGAUCCUUGAAGCCAGGGCCCUCGUGAAAUCGAUCCAGCGGCUGGCUAAGACCGCGCACGGGAGGGCUCGGGUGCUGGCCGGGCCGGCGCCGCGGGCGCGGACGCCCCCUCAGCGGGCGGGCGCUCGGCGGCCGGCCGCGCGGACUCGUGCGCUGGCGGCCGUGGCAGCGCCGGCGUGCUCGCGCUCGGACCCGAGCGGCGCGAGGGCGAUCGCCAGCCCCGGGGCGCUGGGCCGGGCGCGGAUACUGGCGCCGGCCCCCCUCUUGCCUUCGAAGAAGAGGGCCAGCCAGGCCGGACGGCAUCUCUCGGCCCUCGACGAGAGGGACGCGAACGGGCUGGACCUCGCUGGAGACGCCGGGGAGGACGCCGAGGGCGACAGCAGCUCCAGCGGCUCCGACUCGGUGGUGGAGCAGCUGGGGCGGACUCGGGCCCGAAUGCGGCAGCUGCGCGCGCGGAGGGCGCACCGGCGGGCGAAGCUGUACGCCGAUGCUAUCCUGGCGGCGCAGGGCGAGGGCGUGAGCCUCCUGGAGACCCUGGCGGUGACCCAGGCGACGCAGGUGAGGUACCAGCGAUAUCUCGAUCGUUUCUACUCGCGUGUCGGCCUGAGCCGGAGGCAGAUCCUGGCGAAGCCGGACACGGAGAUCGACGAGCUCAUGUGCAACUACAUGACCGAGAACUACUUGCAGGGCGAGCAGAGCAACUACGGGGACCAGACGGUCGCAGCCUGGGUCAGCGCGAACCCGGACUUCGGUCGCGUGGGAGGUCGCAAGCUGCCGCGGACUUGGCGGGCGCUGAAGGCCUGGCGCAGGCUGACUCCGGGCAGGCGGCGGAAGGCCCUUGCCCUCCCGGUCUGGUGCGGGCUGGCUUGGAGGCUGGCGCAGCGGGGACACCUACGCCUGGGCAUCUUCUUGAUGAUAGGCGUAUCGAUCUAUGGUCGGCCCUCGACCUUGCUGGCCGCCCGGCGGUGCGACCUUGUGCCUCCGUCGCCUGGUGUCAGCAGGCACUGGGCCCUGUUGACCCACCCGCUGGAGCGGAAGAGGCCCAGCAAGCGUGGGCACUUCGACGAGGGCUGCCCCCUGGACUCGCCGUACCUCCAGGGCUUGGACGAGGUGUUCGAGCGGCUGGCCUCGACGACGUCGAAGGAGCCGCUGUGGAACUUCAGCUACCCCGAGGCAACGACGCUGCUCAAGGAGGCGGCGCAGGACCUCGGGGUGGCCCCAGUGACAUUGUACCAGAUGAGACACUCGGGCGCCAGCAUCGAUUUGGCGAAAGGCUGGCGCAGUCUGACCUCGGCGCAGCGACGCGGGGAGUGGACGCAGGCGAAGUCAAUGCACCGCUACGAGCACAGCAGCAGGCUCGGCAGCGACUAUGCAAAGCUCGACCCCCGGCUGCGCGCGACGUGCGAGGAGGCGGAGAGGCAGCUGGCACUCAUCCUGACG